AUGACUGACGUUGAACUUCUCGUAUUUGUUUGGAAAUGCCAAAUCAAGCAAUCAGGAACGAUAACUGCUGUAAGAGCUGAUUCGUUGAGUUAUUUAAAGACUAGGCUUAAUGCACUGAGAGAUUUCGGGAGAGACACAUUUCAGAAUGAUUUCAGAAAUUUUUUUAGGCUUGUCUUUGAUUUAACAAAAGAGCCAGGCGCUAGAAAUAUUGAUGCAAAUGAUGUGAUUUGGUUUUUAAAUUUAUUAUUAACUCCUCACUUCAGGUGAAUGCCAAGAUUUAUUGAAUUUUUAGGAACAAAACAGCAGAAGUUUCUGAAUUUAGAUCAAUGGAUGGGAAUUCUUGAAUUUUGAAAGAAAAACCCAAACAGCUUUGAUAACUACAACCCUGAAGACCCUUGGCCAGUUCUAAUCGACGAGUUUGUGACUUGGACCCGACAAAAGCCUUAA